CUUCAAUACUACAAUCCCCACAAAUCCUUGUUGCCUUUCCUUGCGUCGAGCGCUAUGGCGUUGUCUUGAAUCGUACAUUAAUCGCAAGCGUUUUGUUUACAAGGGAUUGCGAUGGCAGCUGAUUCCUCAGAGAAGAAAGAUGUUGAUUCCUUAGGGACCAAAGACAGAGAGAGGAAACGCAGCCGCUCGCGGGAAAGAGAUCGGAAACCAUCACCUUUACGCAAACGCCGUCGAUCUCGAGAACGCAAUCGCUCAAAAUCUAUUGAAAGAGACCGCCGCCUAAAAGACAGGGAAAAGGAACGCGACAGAGACAAGGACCGAGACAGAAGCCGGAAGGACCGAGACAGCCAUCGGCGUGAUAAGGAUCGGAGUCGGCGCUCCAGAAGUCUCUCACCCAGGUCAAAGGAUGCCAAGCUAAAGGGCGACAAAGACAUCAAACCUGACGAAGAAGAAGAUGACAAAAAGAAAAAAGAGAAGGUGCAGCCGUUAUCUUUGGAGGAGCUUCUCGCCAAGAAGAAGGCAGAGGAAGAAGCAGAGGCAAAGCCAAAGUUCCUGUCAAAAGCAGAAAGAGAGGCGGAGGCUCUGAAGCGGCGGGAGCAAGAGACAGAGGAGAGGAGGAAGUUGAUGGAGGAUGAGAGGAAGAGGAGAAGGGUUUUUCAAGACAUCGGACGAAAAAUGCUCGAGGAUCCGCAGGAAAGGGAGCGACGGGAACGACGAGAGCGGAUGGAGCGGGAGAGCAAUGGGAACGAGGAGGACGAUGGGCGGCAAAAGAUAAGAGAGGAAAAAGACAAAGGCAAAGAACUGCAGGCUAUCAAGGAACGUUACUUGGGCGGGAUGAAGAAACGUCGACGGACACGUCACCUGAAUGACAGGAAAUUUGUUUUUGAGUGGGAUGCUUCUGAAGACACGUCGGUCGACUACAACCCCAUAUACAAAGAAAAACAUUCGGUGCAGCUGUACGGACGCGGCUUCAUCGCCGGCAUAGACCUCAAACAGCAGAAAAGGGAACAGUCACGUUUCUAUGGUGACCUGAUGGAGAAAAGGCGUACCAUGGAGGAGAAGGAGCAGGAAGAGACGAGACUGAAAAAGAUGCGGAAGAAAGAAGCCAAGCAGCGCUGGGACGACAGGCACUGGUCGCAGAAGAAGCUGGACGAGAUGACUGACAGAGAUUGGAGAAUCUUCCGCGAGGACUACAGCAUCACCACGAAGGGCGGGAAAAUUCCAAACCCUAUCAGGAACUGGAAGGAGUACCAGCUCCCGGCACACAUCCUCGAGGUCAUCGACAAAUGCGGCUACAAGGAUCCAACCCCUAUUCAGAGGCAAGCCAUUCCUAUUGGCUUACAGAAUCGUGACAUCAUCGGUGUGGCCGAGACUGGCAGCGGUAAAACGGCCGCUUUCCUCAUCCCGCUGCUCGUCUGGAUCACAACCCUUCCGAAAAUCGACAGGAUCGAGGACUCGGACCAAGGUCCUUACGCUGUGAUCCUGGCCCCGACUCGUGAGCUGGCGCAGCAGAUCGAGGAGGAAACGAUCAAAUUUGGUAAACCUCUGGGCAUCCGCACUGUGGCUGUUAUUGGAGGAAUCUCCAGGGAGGACCAGGGCUUCCGUCUCAGGAUGGGCUGUGAGAUCGUUAUUGCCACGCCCGGUCGUCUGAUCGACGUACUGGAGAAUCGCUACCUGGUCCUGGGCCGCUGCACUUACGUGGUCCUGGACGAAGCCGAUCGUAUGAUUGACAUGGGCUUCGAACCUGACGUCCAAAAGAUUCUGGAGUAUAUCCCAGUGACUAAUCAGAAACCGGACACGGAAGAAGCAGAGGACCCCGAGAAAAUGACCAUGAACUUUGAGUCUGGGAAACAUAAAUACAGACAGACUGUCAUGUUCACGGCAACCAUGCCUCCCGCCGUGGAGCGACUGGCAAGGAGCUACCUGAGACGCGCCGCCGUGGUUUACAUCGGGUCGGCGGGCAAACCUCACGAGAGAGUCGAACAGAAAGUGGUGCUCAUGUCCGAGGGAGAGAAAAGGAAGAAAAUGUUGGAGGUGCUGGCGCAUGGUUUCGAGCCCCCCAUCAUUAUCUUUGUCAACCAGAAGAAGGGCUGUGACGUGCUGGCCAAGUCCUUGGAGAAGAUGGGCUACAACGCUUGCACAUUGCACGGCGGCAAAGGUCAGGAGCAGAGAGAGUUUGCUCUCUCCAACCUUAAGGCAGGGGCCAAAGACAUUCUGGUGGCCACGGACGUGGCUGGCCGAGGUAUCGACAUCCACGACGUGUCCAUGGUCAUCAACUACGACAUGGCCAAGAACAUUGAGGAUUACAUCCAUCGUAUUGGCCGUACGGGUCGUGCUGGUAAGAGCGGCGUGGCCUUGACCUUCCUCACCAAGGAGGACGCUGCUGUCUUCUACGACUUGAAGCAGGCCAUCCUAGAGAGCCCCGUGUCCACUUGCCCGCCAGAGUUGGCUAACCACCCGGAUGCACAGCACAAACCUGGAACCAUCUUGACCAAGAAGAGGCGAGAGGAGACAAUCUUUGCCUGAACAUCUACAAAGGACUUAACUUGAGGUCUUUUUUAUGUUUUAAACUUGUUUAAAAUUUGGUAACAUGUCUUGGGUGCACGUCAUCAAAAAUGUCAUAUUCCUCUUGAUGAUCUGUGAUGGAAGUGGUUAGAAAGAUGGAUAUGGCAGUACUGCAAAUAAGUCAGGAUACAUACAGACCAAUUGUUAGUUUUUCCCUCUCUAAUUACUCUAUUUUUUUUGCUCUUAGUUUUAAUUGCAAGCAUUUGUAUGAAUACGAGUUGUCAGUCUUGUGAAUAAAUCAUCAGCAAAUGCCUGCAUCAGA